AGCGAUCAUACAUAUGUAGCUCAGAAGUGUUUGGACGUUUGACGUUCGUCUCCGCGGCUUACUGAGAAGAACCGCGGGUAGACUGCUUUGGGCUGGGGCUGGGGCUGCGAAGCUCCCAUUAUCCACGAAGGUUGACUGGAAGCCUAGUAUCUGGUGACGUGAUGAACACUCUAGCGGGCAUUCCAUACCAGUGCCAGUGGCUGUGCGCGGUACAGGCAGAUAUGACACCGGGCACCGCCUGAAGAUCGUACAUAUUACUGUAUUAUGAAGGCUGAUGCUACAUAAGCGUAGGCGCGUACAAUCCGACUCAAUUGCAACACGGGAGCUAACUUCCGAGUCUGAUCACUCUCGCGUAGCUGGUGCGAACCAGGGAAUCGCAAGACGGAUACGUCGCAUCCACGAAUACAAUGCAACGCUGAUGCUGGACCUCAUAGGUAUACUGACUUUCGAUGAGCGCUCAUUAUGUACCACAGCUGUACCAUUGCAGUCCAGCUUACGGGCCGUGCCAUGGAACAAGCAAUGGGCCGAAGCAACUGGCGCUGACGUCCUUGCAUGGUUCGAACGCUCAGAUCAUGUCAGCUUGGUGUAUUCAGUGGCAGCCAGAAAUGAGAUAACGACGUCGAAGAACACGGGAACGAAUGAGGGCCAUGAUUCGCAAAGAUAUGGAUUGGUAUUUCGUCCUUCGUUCCCAACCGACAUGUUGUCGGCGCCCCAUGCCUCUUCGCCCUCCAUCAUGCACAGGUAUCCGGUGGUUGCUGCCCCCGACCAUCUUCACCGCAUACCGAAUGUCGCUCUGUGAUAAGGCCGGCCACUGCUUUUUGGCUUCCAAUAACUGGAGCGGAACGUUCUCACGUCAACGUAUAUCGUGUCAGGCCCGGGGUCGAGAGCAGAAGCGCCGACCUGUGAACGUGGUCGCUGAGCGUGAUCACUUGCAUAUUCCCAGGUAAUAAACCGUCUCGUCCAAGUCUCGUCAG